GGGCUUGUUCGCAGGAGGGGGCGUGGCUUGCAAAGGGGCGGGGCGAACAGCAGCAAUGUCAAACACCGCGCAUUCUAUUUCUUACGUCAGGGGUGGACUACAACUCCUAUCACCCCUCAGCUCAACCACUGUGGCUGGGGCUAAGGGGAGUUGUAAUGCAAUACCAUAGAGGGAGCCAGGUCUGAGGACCCGCUUUAUAUCUUAACUCUUAAUAACAUAAUGCAGUGGCUGGCGAUCUUGGGACCCAGGGGGUGAUGGACUACAACUCCCAUCAUCCCCAACUGGAAUCACCUUGGGGCAGGGUUAUCCAACACCCUCUAGGGACCCAAGCUCUGAUGGCAUUGUAUACUUGAUUAUGUUAAUACAAGACUGUACACAUAGAGCAUGUAAUUAUCUGAUACUACGAUAUAGUACACUAGUAUAGGCACCCUAUUUAUUUAUUAUAUUUGUAUCCCGUUUUUCCUCCGAAGGAGCACAACAACCCUCACAACAACCCUUCGAGGAAGCGUCCUUCUGCUUUGACCCUGUGGCUGAGAAAUCAGAGGAGGAGAUUCGGCAUGACGUCCUCUUCCGAGCAGGGAGAACGCUCCAGGGACAAGAGACCUACACACCACGGCUCAUCCUCAUGGACCUCAAAGGAAGCCUGGGCUCUUUGAAAAAGGAGGGAGACCUGUACCCGGAUCAGAGAACCAACCCCUCGGUGGCAUGGAAGGGGAGCCUGACAACGCACGAAGAGCAACCGUCCCCUGCCAACCCCUUCCUGCAGGGCCUCGACAGGCCAGAGGGCAACAGACCUUCCACUGCCAACACUUCCCGGACCCGCCCUGGUGACAGGCCUCCAGCUCCCGAGAGGCCGGACGGCGGCGCUCAGAAGACCCCCCGCCUGGAAGCCACGAUGGACGCUUGGUCCGACUACCUCCGGACACACUUGCACCCUCGUAGCGUCUUGACCAUCCACCAGUACAAUCACGAAGGCCCUGGAGACACCUUUGGCACGACCCCGCCUCUCUCUCCUAGGGAAUCCGGCCGGCUGGAGGCCUUUGGCCAAGGGGAGAAGCUCUUGCAGGACGACUCCUACCUGGAGGAGCUCGAGGACCGGCUGCACUUCUACGUGGAAGAGUGCGACUACCUGCAGGGUUUCCAGGUGCUCUGUGACCUGCACAAUGGAUUUUCGGGCGUCGGGGCAAAGGUCACCGAGCUGCUCCAUGACGAGUACGCUGGGAAGGGCAUCCUGAGCUGGGGCCUGACUCCGGUUCUUAGCAGGGCGGAUCCCCAGAGGAAUCUCUACCGGCUCCUGAACACCGUCCUGGGCGUGGUGCACCUUUCCAGCCACAGCUCGCUCUUCUGCCCCUUGUCGCUGAACGGGAGCCUGGGCCUCCGGCCGGCGGGCCCCGUGGCCUUCCCGCACCUCCGCUACGAUGCCUCCCUGGAGUACCACACGAGCGCCAUCCUCGCCCCCGUGCUGGACACGGUCACUGCCCCGUACCGGCUCCAGACCUCGCCGCUCUCCAUGGUGCAGCUCGCGGACGGCGUGAACUUCUCAGGGCGAAAGGUAGCCGCUACGGUGGCCGCUGUGCCCUUUCCGAUGGCCGAGGGACAGUCCCUUCCUGAUGCUCUGUGCAGCCACCAGUCCGCCGUGCCCUGGAGCCCCCUGUCUGGAUGUGGCGGGCAAAGAGAGAGCCGCUGUUUUGCUCAGUCGGUGGUGCUCAGAGGGGUCAGCAAAGACCUCCAGGUCAGCAAUCCGCCCCCAGGCAGCGAACCCAAGUCGAUCCUCCACAUGUGUGAGACGGGGCAGGAAGUGCUGGCCCGCUACCUGUACACGGUGUCCUCCCAAACCUUCAGCACUUCGUACCUGCUCCGGGGGCCUUGCAAACUGCUGGCUCCUUAUCCCCGGUUCUUCUCGCCUCAGCUGAACAAGCAAGGGCACCUCCUAGACAAGCCUCCAAGCGCCCCAGCGACUGUUGAAAGCAUCCCCGUCCUUGCCGCCCUCCAGUCCUCCGCUGCCCUGCGCCAGACCCUCGAUCAUUUCUACACAGAGCUGCACCACAUGGACGUCCGCCGGUGGGCAAGCUUCUUCUCCGCAGGGGUGGAAAUGGAGGACUUCCAGGAGGCCUUGCACGAGCUGAGGACGCUAUCCCACUGUUACAAACUGGGCUCUUCUGCAGAAGGAUCCGAGGACGAGACAGACUGAUUAUUUUCCUGUAACAGAACUGCGAUUGGCCUCGUUUAAAAACAAAAAAAGUAAUUAAAAAAAAUAAACUUGCUGAUGCAA